AUAUAUUAACGAGUACCAAAACAAUGUGUAUGUGCAGCAAUAAACAAAAUACAUUAGAAAAAUUAUUUCAAACUAAAGAAUAAUAUUUGUCAAUAAUUGUAAGGGAUUAUGUCAAGAUAUUUUUCGUUUUUUUAUGUUUUUCUCUUCAUAUUUGCCCUUCAUAUAUAUGUAUAUAAGUAUGUAUAUAAAUAUGAAACAUAUAUUCAGAGACACGUAAUGUGAAGUGCAAUACAUACGUAUUUGUCCCAGCAGAUUACGACAAACGAAACAUAUGUACAUUACAUUAAAAAAAUAGCGAGGAAACUAAUACAAACACACCGUGCAACCGUCCAUAAAGUCUUUCCGUAAAAAAGGGAUGAACGAUCGUAGAUACACAAGAGUUUCGAUUAGAGUUGUCAAAUCGGCCUUAAGAAACUCUCUCGUAAAACUGUUGGGUAUUUAACCACAGGUUUAACCGUUAGUUGGCUUUCAGAGGCGUAUACAAAUAUAGACGAGCUGUAUUAGCAAAUGCUAUUAAUAGCAAAAAAGUAUUUGGAUUUUGUUUCAUUUAAGCCUACGAAAUUUCCAUUUAAAACAAUUAAGCAAGGAUGACCCUCAAGGAAGAAGAACGAAAUAUUUCGAAAUACUGCAAAUGUUUAUAUACCUGAAAUAUAACCUAGUAUUUAAAUAUUAUACUUAUUAAUACCGAUGGACUUUGGAAGAAUGUUGCCACAUGUCUCAGUCAGUAAAACUUCCAUAAAUCAUUGAAAUACGUAUAUUUAACUGAAAUGAGGACUUUAAGUUUAUGCUCCAAAUUUGGUUGAAUUAGGUAGAGUAGUAGUGGAGGAUGGAGUCGUCUAUACUACUAUACUAGUUCACUUAAGUGAGGAAAGAUCUCUGAUUGCCAUUCACUUGGGAGUGGUCAGAAACGUUUUUUUUACAUAUGGCUUAAGCAGCUCACGACUUCCGGUUUUAGACCAAGUACCCUCUGGGUAACCAAGGAACAUGCUCGAAAAUUCUAGAAAAAUGAGACGACUAACAGAAGGUUACAAGACUGGAGCAUACUCUUGAAGAUACCUUAGAGGUGAUGUAGUGACUGAUGUCCACAGCAUACUAAAAUUAUGGAGGGAACACUUCUCCAACCUGCAUAAUGGCAGUGAAAGAAUAACACCACGAGAUGGGAACCCGAUUCCCCAAGUAAUUAUCCGUCUGAAGAACAACAAAGCGACGGGGCGAGGAGCUCUCAUCAGAGUUUUUGUAGAAUAUGGGCGGACGAAAUCAUUCCCAACGAUUGAAAUUUAAGUGCGCUCUGCCCAAUCCACAAAAAGGGAGACCCCACAACGUGCUCCAACUACCUAAGGAUAAACCUCCUCAACAUCGCAUAUAAGAUUCUAUUGAGUGUAUUGUGCGAAAGAUUAAAUUCCACCGCCAACUAACUGAUUGGACCUUAUCAGUGUGGCUUCAGACCUGGUAAAUCAACAACCGACCAGAUAUUCACCAUUCGCCAAAUCUUGGAAAAGACGCGUGAAAGGAGAAUCGACACUCACCACCUAUUCGUUGAUUUCAAAGCUGCUUUCGACAGCAGGAAAAGAAGCUGCCUUUAUGCCGUGAUGUCUGAAUUUGGUAUCCACUAAUAGGGCUGUGUAAGCUGAAGUUGUCAGCCAACGCAGACUAACUCUUGCCAACAGGUGCUGUUUCGGAUUGAGUAGGCAAUUGAGAAGUAAAGUCCUCUUUAGACAAACAAAAACCAAACUCUAUAAGUCACUCAUUAUUCCCGCCCUGCUAUAUGGUGCAGAGACAUGGUCGAUGACAACAUCUGAUGAUGCCAAUGUUAUGAGUUUUUGAGAGAAAGGUUCUGCGGAAGAUUUAUGGUCCUUUGCGUGUUGGCCAGGGCGAACAUCGCAUUGGACAAUGACAUAGUUCAGCGAAUUAAAAGACAGCGGCUACGCAGGCAAGAUAAUGUUGUCCAAAUGGACGAAAACACUCCAGAUCUUAUAGUAUUCGGUGGAGUACCCGCCAGGGGAUGCAGAGAAAGUGGAACACCUCCACUCCGUUGGAAAGACCAGGUGGAGAAGGACCUGGCUUCGCUUUUAAUCUCCAAUUGGCGCCACGUAGUGAAAUUAGAAACGACUGGCGCGCUAUUGUUAACUCGGCUAUAAUCACGUAAGCGGGGUGUACGCCAGUAAAGAAGAAGAAGGGUAGAUUAGUUCAAGGCGACUAAAUUUUAUUUUUUCCAGUUAUGCUUCUCUAAAUAUUAUUCUUUCCGAUAUUAAUUUAAUUACGUCUUAUUAUACCUAACAUUAUACAAUGGUUGGCCAUAUGAGGAGCCAGAAUUUCACAAAUAAUCAUUCUAUGAUUUUAAGACUCACAAAUAAUCAUUUCAAAAACAAGGAAGUUCUUCAAUAAUACUAUGAGGUUAAAUGGAAGAAGAAUAAUUUUACUUGAAAACAAAAAACACUUUUAAUUGUUUCCCGUUUUACAAAAAAAAAACUUCCGCAACAAAUUUACUGAUCAAUAUACAUAUCUGAGUAGAUAUUUAUACGUAAAAUUGCAUAUGAUGAAAAAGUACUAUAAAUCAUACUGCACCAUUCCGCCUAAGAGGCUAAGGGUUUAUAUCCGCUUUCAAGACAACGUUUUUUAAGUUAUUAUAAAAUGUUCUUUGAUGUUUGCAUGAUCAUGAGUUGGAAUCAUCAGGACGGACGACUAUAACAUACUCCCAUACAACAGCCUAUUCAUUUUUUGAAGUGAAACUUCUUUAGAAUCGUUGUGAUUUCAAGCCGGAUGCAACGGAAAAAACGACAAGACACAAAUACGAAAAUGUGUAGGAUGAAGCCAGGAAAGAAUGAGAAAGAACUAUACAUACACACUACUUUAUAUUAUCGGCAUAUAUGUAUAAUACAUACAUGUGGGAUUAGAAUUGAGGUCCGUGUGGCAACCACUUAUCCGAAUGUCAAAUAGUGGAUGCCAAUUGUGGAUUAGGUAGAAGUUGUCCACCAAAGCGUAAAUUAAUGUAUUCAUUCUAGAUUUUAACGCCGAGCGCGGCAGUACACACUCGUGUCAUUGUGAAGUUUGAGUGACAUUUUCCAUGUUUUAAAAUAAUCAACAGUUUAAUUUGAAAGGAGAAUUUCUACAAAUUUAAAAAUGUAUUUUAAUAUAAAAAUCCUACAAGUGGGGGCUCAAACGGGAUGCCCAAGUGCAAUUACCCCGGGAAAAGUGAACGGAUUUUAAAACUAAAAGACUAUGAGGCAUACUUGCGGAAUGACCUCGAAGUAAGAUUUUCGGAAAAAGGUUAAAAGUGAUUUAUAAUAGAAAUAAAAGUGAACCUUUUGCCAAAAAAUAAAUGACAUACUGGCGAGUAAAGUGGCGAAACUUUGAUGAUAGUGUGCGUUCGUGAAUCAGUAAAGACAUUUUUUGGAAAGUAAUAAGCGUGUUUGUAAAAAUCAAACGAAAGUGGUGGUACGUAAAGACCACGAAGGUACUGCACCGACAGUCCAAGGAGCGUUAAGCGAUUCCGUUAGAACGCCAAUGACUAACGGCAAAAAUAACGGCUUGCUAAUAGAAAUAGCAGUACCAAUGAGUUGGUGAAACAUUUGCACCAAUAAGAAGACGGCAUCAGCAACAGUGUGAAAUCGAAACACAUGAAGAAAGCGGUAGCAACAGAGGCGUAGCUGAACAGCGGUAACAUAUAUAAGUUUAUACAGCGGAGCAUAUAAGCAAACAUCGGCAGCGACGGGUACAUAGUUACGCAGCAAACAGUAAAGCAUAGCAGCGGUCAACGGGGAAGAAAAGGCUCGAGGUAGAACAGCGAAGGAGAACAAUGAAGAUAAGUUUUUCGGUUACUCUUAUAAUAGUCGUAGUCACAUGUACAAGUGACAUAUAUACGUAUAUAUGUCGACUUCAUAUGUACGUGUGUAACUCAACUCCUAAACGCCUCUCUCACACUACUACUCAGAGAUAGGAGCUCGUAGUGUGGGUGGCGAAUAAGUAAGCUUAUGAUUAGGAAAUCAUUAUUGUUUAAGCACUUGAAGUGAAUUAAAGGUUAUAUAAUUUGAGUUAAACCUAAAUCUCGUGUGUUUAUUUUUCUACUGGCGCAGUCGGUAGGAUCUGUGAAAAAGAUCCUUUUAAAACGAACCUAUAUUCAUUCUAUGUUCUAAUCGCAAAAAUUAAAUAUUAAAACAAACAAAAAUUAAUUUCUUACGUGAACUUAAAAAAUAAUUUAUGUGAAUAAUUCAAUAAAGAUAUGAAACAAUUAUAAUAAUAAAUAAAAGUGUUUUCUAACCUUAGCUGUUAAACAGAGUUAAAAUAAAAUAAGCAAAAAUGUACUUUGAAUAUAUGUUAGUACAAAACAAAAAGACAGACUCUUUAUUUUCGUUAAUCUUUUUGUUGGUAUUAUUAUAUUUGAAUGACCUCUGGUUGCCUUUAACUGAUUUCGGUCGACUUUCAAUUGACCUUGAUCUCAAACCACAAAUGGAAGUGGAACUUAGAAAUCGCACUAAGUGAAACAAAUAAAAAUAGUGCAAGCAAAAACUAAAUAAUAGCAACAAGUGAGUGCAUAAACAACAACAACAUAAUUGUGCGCUAUACUUUUGAACACUAAGCAGUCGGCAUACCUGCAUUAUUGUUUGUGUUGUAACUUACAAACGUGAGAAACAAAAAUAUUUUUGAAGCAGAGAGCAAUGCGAAACAACAAAAGAAUACUUUUUUGUUUUUGUCUUUGAGAAUAGACUAUUCAUUUUUUGCAUUGUGUUGUUAUAACAAACAUAUAUUCGCUGCGAUGAGAGAUUUAAAUACUCCGCACUUUCCAAUAUAAAAAGAGUAAUAGAUGGACUUAAGUAAAGAGUUAGAAAGUUUAAAUGAGUACUUAAGAACCUUAGAUAUUAACGCUGAAACAAACGAAAUAAACAUGGCUGAAGCACAACAAGUAAGAGAGCUGGUGAUGCAAAAUAUUAAACUAAUUUAGCCUUUUGAUGGUGAUGCUAAUUAUUUAGCACUGUAUGUCGAUAGCAUUGAUUCCAUAAUGCCUGUGGUUGCACCAACGCAGCCGGCUGAGCGAGCCCUUUAUUUUAACUGCAUCUUAAAAACUUUACGAGGGGCAGCUUUGGACAUCAUAAGAAGGGAGCAGCCGUCAGAUUGGUCCACGUUAAGGGAACUUUUAGUUGAUGAGUUUGGAGAACACACUCCAAUUUCGACUCUUAUUUUACAAGGAGUCCCAUCCAGUAAUACUACUUUAGGUCAAAAUCAAUCCAGACAGGUAAAUGUUGGCCAACCCAGUCAACAAAACCAUUGUACCCACUCAUUAAAUAGUCCGAUUACACAUACCCCAGGCAAUGCCCUGCAAACAAGUUCAUUACAAACACGAGCAUCUCAUUCCGUUGGGUCAAAUCAAUCAAGAAUACGAAGAUAUGGUCAACCUGAGCCAAAGGAUCAGGAUAUUUCAAAUUUUCAAUUAGAAGCCUCGGAGGACUACCAUCGAUCAAACUGACACUCAAUAACAAAGAAAGCAAAUUUCUAAUAGAUACGGGUUCAUCGG